AUGGAAGGCGCAGGAUCAUGGAGGACAUCUUCCCUUCCAGCGGAGGAGCAGUCAGUACCUGGUGCUAUUGACACUGCAGAAACUCCAACGAUGCUUACGGUUUCUGAGGAGGAUCUGAUGGAGGACAAUGAUGAGAUCGAGGCUGAUGGAACCAUUGGUUCGGAACCUUCCGAUCCUGAUUACACUCCAACCGAGCACAUUAGUCCGGACCCUUCUGAACAUGACUACACACCAACUGAGCCUGAGCACAUCAACUCAAACUAUGAGCCGGAUUAG